AUCAAAUUUUGGAGAAGUUGUUAUGAUACGAUUUUGCUUCAAUAUUAUGUUGGCAACUUUUGCCAAGCCGUGGUUUGCCUUGAAUGCUGUUGGUGUUCGUUCAAUUAAUGUAUGUGGUAUUACAUUAACAAUUUGUGUACGUGAUCCAAAUUGGCAUUUAGUUGGUUUUAAAGAAGUUGAUUUUUGUCAUGAAACAAACAAUCGUAUAAAACAAUCACAACAAUCGAUACUUCUUGGUGCAACAUCCACGACAAUAGCAACAUCACGAAAUGUAAAACAAUCAAAAUAUCAAUCAGUGGCUAGUAUGGUAUCAACAGCAUCACGAAAAUUAUUAAUGAGUUCUCUUUUACCAUCAAAAAGUAGUAAAACUACUGGAUCAACUCGCUUCCAACGACAACGACUACCACCUCCGCAACGACCAAAUACAAACGUCAUAUUAUAAAAAUUGAUUUUUUUUUUUAAAUUUGUUUGUGUC